CCAUUUUGGAGCCGUACUCUAGGAGGUACCGUAUCCCGCGUUUUCAGCACAAAGCGUCGUGAUGUGGCCGGAAAGUCUCCUGCUGUUGUUCCACGUCAUCGUGUUGUACAACAACUACGACUGGAACAAGCGGAUAUUAAUAUCAAGGUUCAUCGAGUAGGAGUUGGAUCUUCGUCAUCAUCUAAUGUAGAACAAGUUAUGGGUGUUGAUGUACUAGGGAGUUCAUCAUCAUCUCCAAAGUGGUCAUCUGGAAGGAGAAAACAAGAAGAUUAGAUGGAGAUGACCCAGAUGCUUCCUCAGAUGAAGAUGAAUUUCCUUUAGAUGACCUAUAUUAUACCCCUAAUAAUGGGUCUGGUGGUCGACGUAAACUAACGCAACAUCAAACCGCACGUGUAGCUCCUGAACCUACUCCUG